GCUUUCAAUCAACCUGGGCUUGCCUUGAACCGAGCAACAUGGCUUUUCCCGUCCACAUAAAAUGCUCAUCUCCUCUUUCACUCACUGUCUCUGGAAUUAGGGUUUCGCUUCUUGUUCGUUGUUCGUAGCCCUCGCAGCCGGAUCCCGACUCUCCAAGAUGCCGUCUCACAAGACCUUCAGAAUCAAGAAGAAGUUGGCGAAAAAGAUGAGACAGAACAGGCCAAUUCCUCACUGGAUCCGUCUUAGGACUGACAAUACUAUCAGGUACAAUGCGAAGCGAAGGCACUGGCGCCGCACUAAGCUCGGGUUUUGAGGUGUUUUGCAUGUGAUUUUCUCUUCAUCCUUCGCAAUUGUUUUGGACCUAUUUAAGCGUUAGUUAUGGAGAAGACGAAGAAUAUAGAGCUAGAUUUUUGAAUUUUUUGCCUCUCAAUUAAGAACUUGUCGAAGAGAAACUCGUGUAGUUUGUAGCUUUAAUUCUGUGCUAAACUUAUGUCUCGAGUGAAGUCAAUUCCGAAGUUAAUCUUGUGUUCGUUUCGAUCGAUACUAUUCUAGUUCAGUUUGGUGCCAUUUCUUCUAACUCAUGUGCAGAGUUAUAUUAUGAUCAUGAUCGUUCAAGUA